CGUGGCAAGACCUCACUACUGCUGCUGAUGCUGCCGCCGCUGCUUCUGUCGUUGCUGCUGCUGCAAUAUGCAGGAAAAACCUAGAGUCUGUCCCUGAGCGGCCUUCUUUGAAUGGUUUAAAAAUAAACAGAGGAUAACGCGGGUGGAGACUUUUAACUGGAGACUGCUGUUGGAUUGUUGUAAGUUCCUGCGUCUGUCUCCGGUGAUUUGUGUUCACUGAAGCGCUAAGGACAAUGACCCUGGGAACAGACAAGGGAUUCUUAUAAAUCACAAAGGACAAUAAAUAACUUCUCUCAUGGAGGGAAAGAGACAGCUUGAGAAAAGAGACUUUGGAAAAAGACUUUCUCUGGACAGCAGUCUUGUGGAAUACAUGGAUUCCAAUAAAUACAUUGAGCAUCUUCUAACUCAACUCGAGGAACAACACAGAAGUCUAUGGCGGGAGAAGUUGGCUGUGGCUCGACUUCAGCGUGAAGUUGCCCAAAGAACAAGGGAAGGGGCCAUGCAUGAAAAGCUGAUACAUGAACUGGAAGAGGAGAGGCACUUGCGUCUUCAAAGUGAGAAGCGGUUGCAGGAGGUGACCUUAGAGUCUGAGCACAACCGAAUCCAGAUGCUUGGUCUGCAGAGGCAAUUCUCCAGGAUGGAAGAAACAGUACGAAAUCUAUUGCAGAGUCAUGGAUCUCCAGAACAGAGAAAAGAAGAAACUGUUCACAUAAAGGUCUAUCAGGAGAAACUGUCAGAGGAAGAGAGAAAACACAAGGAAGCUUUGGAUGAUCUGCACGUGGUGUUAGAUGAGGAUUGGAGGAGCGAAAGCAGCAGUGCAGAUGAGGGAAAAGAAAAGACCAAAUUGCUGUUAGAAAGAUUGAAAGCUCUGGAGGCGGAGAAUUCAGCAUUGGCUUUGGAAAAUGAAAAUCAAAGAGAGCAGUAUGAAAGAUGUCUUGAUGAGGUAGCCAACCAAGUUGUUCAAGCUCUGCUCACUCAAAAGGAUCUACGGGAGGAAUGUGUAAAGUUGAAAACAAGAGUGUUUGAUUUGGAACAACAAAACCGAACACUAAGCAUUCUGUUCCAACAGCGAGUCCGACCAACUUCUGAUCUCCUCUUCCAGAAACUUCACUCGCGCAUCUUAGAUCUUUCAUCUGGAGAUAUACUUUCAGAGGUGGAAAGAAACCCAAGUCUGACCCUGUCUGGACCUGAUGCUGAGCAGCACGACCACCAAGUGAAUGCAAAACCAGGAACCACUGUCUUGAAGUGCCCUGGCUUGGGUGUCAUCAUCCCUGGUCCUCUGUGUAUGGGACACAGCUGCAGCAGCAGCGAACUGUCCCUUUCAAGCACCUGCAGCGAGUACUCCAGUGGCUCAUCCUAUACAUGGCAUGAUGGGAAGAACCUCAGAAAGAGGCAAUCAUCACAGAACUGGGAUAAAAGAUUGAGUAUUGAUUCUUCACUCCCAAGUGGCUUUGCUAGUCCUGCAGGUGAACUACCUCCAACCCAUAUCAAAGAAAGCCACAUUUUGGAAGGAUUAAGGAAGUUACAGAAACGGAAAGUGUUACUUGAACCUCCAUCUGUGAUCACCAAAUGGGGUUAUAAAGAUUGUAUGAACUCAAAUGAAGGAAUAUAUUCUCCAGGAAUUAAGAGCAGUAGCCUCAAGGACUAUCCUCCAUGCAAUCCAGUUGGCAAGAGGAACCCUUGCAAGGAGCCCCAAAGGACAUUUACCUAUGAUACAGAUUCUCACGAGGAUGCCGACGAUGACUCCUCUUCCUUAGCACUGCUGCAAACACUUCCACACCAAGGCUGCAGCCUUCACAGCAAGAAGUUAACCCACAGUGUUUCUGACAGCCUGUUUGACUUGGAGCCACAUGAAAAACACUUUCCAGAAGCUUCAGCCUCAGUCUACCCCAGGGAAAGACCUGAAAGACUGGCUCAUUGUGCUAGCCACUGUCUUUUGGAAAGGAAGCUGCACGCAGGUGUGCAGCUGCCUUGGGUGCAGAGGGAGAGGAAUCCAUACAGGCAAGGCCAUGACCACAUGACAGUCAAUCUCCAGCUUUCAGACACCGAUGACAAUGAACCCCAGGAUGAGCUGCACAUAGAGAGCAGUGAUGAGAGAAGCCCUUCAGACCUGUCACUGACUGUUGACACCGACAAGUCCAUGGAGAACCUGGACACCCUUGUGGGAUUUGGAAAAUCUGAACUUGGGUCUCCUGAUGAGGAGGAAAAGCAAGUACUCAACCAGUUGGAGAUGAGGCCAAGGACAUUUAGUUUCAUUAAGCAGCAAAGGGUCAUGAAAAGGACUUCUUCAGAGGAAUGUGUUACUGUGAUAUUUGAUGCAGAAAAUGGUGAGCCUGUUGAAUUCAGCUCACACCAGACUGGAGUUGUCACUGUCACCCAGGAUGAAAUUUCUAUCAACACAGCCCCUGGUGAAUCCAAGGAAGAACACACUGAACGCUUAUCUCAGGGAAUUGUUCAUUUGCAGCCAGGAGCGGCUGAGAGAGAUUAUCCCUUCUUGAGGAGACCUGAGGAGGAAACAGAGAGAAACAUUCCAAAAGUUGAAGUAGUCAAUGCUCCUGUAGUGCCUAUGGACUCUUUCCAUCCCAGGACAGUCACUCCAAGUACCACUCAACAGAAACUGACCAGUCCAAUAUAUAAUAUGUCAUACCAGAGCAAUUCUAGGUCUUUGGCACCCAAAGGUAUCUGUCAGAAGCAAAGUCAGACAAAAAUCCAUGCCAGGGGCAAGUCUUCACCUCAGAAAUCAAGAAUUAUAGAGUCUGAAGCCUCCACACUUGUCCCUUCCUCUAGCCCAGUGAGUCUUGAGAAACCAUCAGGCUUUCCUCCAGGAAAGCUCUCAAGAUUCAUGAAGACAGAGAGCCCAGGACCCCUCUGUGGUAUAAAAGCAGAUUCACACAUUCCAAAACAUACCGCCCACCCUUCUCAUAGCUCCAAAAUACCAAGCAAGAGGGAGUGGGUCUACUGCCCUAAGAGGCAGCCCCCAGGGUCACAAUCAAGGCCCCUCAUUGAAUCUGAAGACAAUGGAGAACCCCCCACAAGGGAUAAACACAGUGACUCUGGGUCAGAGGCUGGAAUGAACCCUAACUCCCUACCUUCCCCUCCAGAGAGAUCAGUCUCCCUGUUACUCAAGCCCAGUCAUGAGAGUUGGCCAUCACACUUGUCUGCCAAGUCUGAAACCAAGGUCCCUAAUGACACAGCAAAGACAGGAUUUAGCUCUCCACUCCUGAAAGGAUCCUCCGCUCCUGUCAUUUCUUCUAGUCACACCAUGACAGAAGCACCAAGGAAGAAAUCACCUUCCAUAGCCUUUAAAAAGCCUAUUUCCACUCAGCCCCUGUCCUCCACAGAAGCCAUGUUCCACACCAGAUGUCCUGCUCAUGCACCCUCCGAUUCAUUUGCCAUGAUGGCUACAGAGGUCCAUCCAAAGGUCUCUCCAAAAAGAAUCACCCCCCAAACCUCUCUUCACCAAAUACCUGGGACCAUACACAGAAACACAGAGCUCCAGACACCCAAAACUUCUUCUUCAACUCAUGAGCCUCUGGAGAUAUCAUCUUCUAAAAGUGCUUCUCCAGGAAGAAAAGGACAGUUGGUUGACAGUUCCCCGACAUGCCCCAAGUCUUCCUACUCAGGGGAUAAUGAGUCACCAUCAUCUCAGGUUAACAGUUCCUCCUUUUGCUCCUCGCCUCCCUCUUCUUCUUCCAAAAGCCAUAUCACCCCACAUGGUUGUCAGAACACUCAUGAUAAAGGACUGAAAACUCGCCUCCCAGUAGGACUCAAAGUUCUCAUGAAGUCUCCCCAGUUGCUCAGGAAAAGCUCCACAGUACCAGGGAAGCAAGAAAAGGACAGUUUAAAUGAGGCCUCGAAAAGCUCUGUGGCCACCAGCAAGUCUAAGCCCAAGGACUGCAGGAGUCCCACAAACCUGGAGACCUCAGGUGGUGAAAGACACACAGCCAUGCUGGGUUUACCAGGGCCGGACAGUGCAGCUGAAGGGCUGCUCCUAGAAACAGCUCAGCAAGAGUCAUUGGACGGUAGCAUCCUUGUUGCUGAAGGGAGAGACAGAGUAGAAAACAGACCAGUGAAAAGAUCUCUCUCUUCAAGCAAACCUCACCUAAAGCCAGCUUUAGGCAUGAAUGGGGCCAAAGCCCGGAGCCAGAGCUUCAGUGCACACUCAGGAGACAAACCUUCCACACCCCCCAUGGAAGGGCCCGGCAAAAUCCGGACUCAGAUUAUUACCAACACUGCGGACAGGGGCAACUCUCUCACCCGGCAGAGCACCUCCACAGAAGGCUCUCCCAACAAGAGCCCUUCUGCUCCCACACAUGAGAACCUCUCUGGCUCUGGAAGGUCCCCUAAGCACCCUUUCUCCAGGCAGGCCUCUCUGGGGAACACAGGCAGUUCAAGCAGCCAGCAUGGAAGCCCCAGCAAGUUGCCUUUGAGGAUUCACUCAAGGAGUGAAGGGCUCCUUGCACUGCGUGGAACAGAAGAACAGCAGGCCUGUGUUCACCGACAAAGUCCCCAGGUGGCUGUACCUGAGGAGCAAAGCAGUGAGAACUGCCGGUGUCCACCCACCACAACAGACUGCCCUGGAGCCCUGCAAGCCCUAGGGAGGACACAGUAUCCAAACCAUUCAGAAUCAAGCAGGAUGGACAAGUUAGAAACUUCUGGAAGGCAUCCAGGUGCCUCUACAAUUGGAACUGGUGCUGCGAGCCCAGAGGCCCCCCUCUCACCCACAAUCGAAGAAAAAGUCAUGUUGUGCAUUCAGGAAAAUGUGGAAAAGGGCCAAGUGCAAACAAAGCCCACAUCUGUGGAAGCCAAACCAAAGGCCGGGCCUUCUUUUGCUAGCUGGUUUGGGUUUCGCAAGAGUAGACUUCCAGCUCUCAGUAGCAGGAAAAUGGAUGUUUCCAAAACCAAAAUAGAGAAGAAAGAUACAAAAGGCUUAGGGUUUGGAAACAAACAACUAAAAUCAGAGAGAAAAAAAGAGAGAAAGAAGCCUGAACUCCAAUGUGAGUCAGAAAAUGAACUUAACAGAGACACCAAGUCAGCAGAGAGUCCGGACAACGGUUUCCAAAGCAAGAAGAACCUGAAAAUAUCUCAAGUCAUUUACAACCCAGUGAAGUUUGAACAGAGAAAUAGCCCCAGCCCUGUUCCAGGUGCAACAAAAGAUACCUUCAUGACGGAACUUUUGAACAGAGUUGAUAAGAAAGGAGCUCAACCGACAGAAAGUGGAUCAAAUAAUGCUUCAUGCAGGAGCAUGUUAAAGGGUGCUUCCCAGGACUCCUGUCUCACUGUCAGCUCUGGCAGCACCCAAGGAAGCCACAAGAAAAACUUCAGAAUCAAAGCUGAUAUGGAAACGCCAAGAGACUCCCUGAUAAAAGAGGCAAAUGAAAACUUGCCAGAGGAUGAAGAUGACACUAUUGCAGAUUCUGCCUUUCAGAGCCAUAUCAUAGAAUCAAACUGCCAGAUGAGAACACUGGACAGUGGGAUUGGCACCUUCCCACUCCCAGACUCUGCAAAUCGCUCAGCAGGACGAUACACAUGCCAGCCAGAGUCCUCAGAGGACAACGAACCCUUCCUGUCCCUCCAGCCAACCUCUUCUUCUGUCAGAGCCCAAACCCUUGAGCGAGAAGUACCUUCCUCCACAGAUAGACAGCGCUCUGCAGAAAAAACCAUUGUUCAUUCCAUAUCUGACCCCAUCAUGACUGCCAGAGGAAUUCGACCUCCUCAAAGUCGUCUUCCCAAACCAGCCUCCUUAGGAAAAACCUAUUUGCAAAAGGAGAGUGAGGUGGAACCCAGCCCUCAGACUUCCUCAUCUUUCAAAUAUGCUGAAGACCUAAGGGCAAAGGAGCCCACUCCAUACUGGGAGGCUGCCACUGAGACCCAGGUAAGGGAGAAGCCAUUGGAAAGGUAGCAUCCGCUUGUCAGUACUGAUUGUGAAAAACAAAGUCUUUAAACGCUUCAGUAAUUGAUUUAAUUUUAUAUUAAAAUUCACAUUUGUUUAUUAAACGCAAGACAAGAUCCAAGGCUCAACCUUUUCUAUGAAUGGUUAUGGAGUAUACCUAGGUUCUUGGGACACCUUUAUUCUGUGUAGAAUUCAUUGUGUUUCUUAUCUGCCCCCAACUGCCUGGGUUAUGAAUGCUUUCUAAUUCAGCAUUGUGGAACAACCAUUCAUUCUCCCAAAUCAUAAGGGCACCAUUAGAUUAUUAUUAUUAUUUUCAUUUUUCAUUAUCUCUUCUGUUGCUUUUACUUUUGCUCUCUCCUGUGACACAGAGGAAGGAGAUUUAAUUCUUCUCCUUUUAGUGAUAAAUACACUUGAGAAUUUGAGCGGUAAAAUGACUGGCCAGAGUUAAUUAGAGCCAAGUUUCCCCCAUGCUAUCAUUUUUGCUAUAGGCUAUUCAUGUACCUUGAGAUGGCAUGCUCAGGCUUUCUGAUAUAUGAUUGGUUUUCCAAAGGCCCUCAUGGCUCAGGGAUUCUGUUAUCCCUUGAAGCUUGCUUGCUGGCCUCUCCCAUUUCCCCUUCCAGCUGGUUUUAUCCAUCAUCUUCAGCCUCUUCAUUAGUUCUCAACUUAUUCUGGAGCUGGCCCACUGCCAUCAUUGGUGGUACUUGGCAGUGAGAAGAGUGGAAGAAGGACAUGUGGAUUAAGUAGUUGAGCUUCCUGGCCCUACCCUUGCCUGUCCUAUCCUUGCCUUCACUCUCUCAACUGUCACCAAAAGCCACUUCUUUAAUUUUCACUAGAGUUUCUGCCUAGCUAUGAUGAGGAACUGCAAACAUUCAUCCAUAUUUGAGGUUCCCCACAUCGGGUACAGCUGACUGAGUCUUCUCUUUGUCUUGAGCACCUUGAUAUGGAAAUGAGAAUAUGGACAGGGGAUGGAGGGGAUAUUCUGGGCCCAUGUAAAGCAGAGAAUACAAGUUCUAGAUGUAUGUAGGACCUGGUUCAAGGUCCAAGGUUAGUGUGGUAAUUAAGGCUGGAAGUGAGCUCUCUGAACUUUCUUUCUGACUCUUAGGAUGGCUGCCUCUAUAGGAAGUGCAUCUGAGAGGCAGAAGAGUAAACUCUAGUAGUGCAUCAUGCCUAAAGCUAAACAUAAACAUUUAGGGCUCCUCUGUAUCAGUGCUAUCUAAACUUGAGUUGAUCAUAAUCACCUGCAUAACUAUACAUCCUAUUGUCCCUACCUGUGCCCAGCAUCUGACUUAGUAUACUUAGCAUAUGUGGAGUGAGACCUAAACACUUCUGAUACAUUCCCAGCUGAAGCUGAUGUGGUUUCAGCAUGAUAAAGCUUGGAAAAGCUUGAGGGACUAGAAAAUUGAGAAUAUCAUGAAAAAUAAUCAAGAGUUAGAGGGAAUUAGGGGCAAGUGGUUCAGACAAGCCAGUGGUAACAGUGGCAAAGGGGUUUAAUUAAUCCAACAAAUGUAAAAAUAAAAUUACUGAGUGCUAGACCUCAGUGCUGGACCUGUUCUCUCUACAAGAAAUGGUUGGACAUGUCAUAGAAUGCACACACCUUGUUCUGAAAUCCCCUUUCUCCUCAUCAUUCAGUAGAAAUCCUGCCCUGACUUAUAAGAGUUGGAUUUGGAACUUAAAAACUUGUUUCACUGACUUUCAGGUAGAGAAAGUUGGAAGCCAAAAUUAGCUUUAAAGUUCCCAGCCCAUUGUCUAGUUCAGUUAGCAGUGUUUGCAUAGAAGGAUGAAGGAAUGUAAGUGUUCCUAGAGUCUUUUUUUAACUCUAAAUACAGUGACCCCAGAGUUCCCUGGGAAUCUGGUCAGUAGAUAUGUCAUCUGUCACAGACAGAUUACUGCCAGAUGCCCAGAAUCUUCAGUACUGAGCACUGAACCAGAAGAAUGUAAUACAGUACUUAGCAUAAACACAUUGAAUAAAGAGGUGAAUAAGUAAGUGAAAGAAGGAACAAAAAACAGGAAUGGAUGCUUGAACUUAUAGCACUAGGUGAAGAAGUUUAAAUUCUGAAAUGUGUUUUGGUAAUUCCCAACAAAAUGACAUCAUCUCAAACCAACCAUAGGUACCUGUCUCAUGCAUUUUCACUUAACCAACCAGAAUUGGUGUUCUAAUAGAAACAACUCUAUAAACAUGAAAAUAUGAUCCCAAGCUCCAGACUCAAUAGGUAUUACGGUGCUGGGUCAGUAUUGUCCAUAUUAUACUUGUGCUUCCAGAAGGAAAAUCUGGACAAUAGUCAAGCACCUCAGAAAUUGUGAAACAUGACAUCAUUGACAGACUAGUCACAUUCAAGGAAACUGGGCUAUGGGUAAUAAUAGUAAGUGAGAUCGAGUCCUUCCUCCUAUGAAUUUCCCAUGGAUUGGGGAGUGGGGUUAUGUGAGAUGCUACUUACUUUAUCAAAGUAUUCCUUCUGUUGUUGCCUGUGCAAUAGUUAUGAAUUAAAUAAAUAUUUAUUCUUUUGUUCCAUGGUUCAUGUUUGUAAUAUUCUCUAGCACUCAAACACCAAUGAUGGGAUCAGUUAACUAAGUGAGGAGGCUUGGAACAGCAGCUCCUAAUAGGCACUUGAAGAUGAAAUAGGCCCUACGAAGAGGCAUACAAAAGACAAGAGGGGGUGACUGUGGGGACCUGACUGUGCCUGGGACAAUGGCAGAGUGCCUUCCAGGGAUUCAUUAAGGCUGCACUGCUGCAGGCAGCCUUGGUAAUGAAAUAGCUGCGUGGGAGGCAGCGUAACCAGCAAGGCAGUUACUCGUGGGUGCAGGGUGGGCUUGGCAAUAACAAUGAAUCAUGCACACAAAGAAAUAAAAAUGUGGACUGUCUCACACCCUCACCUUAGAUUCUUCCCAUGUUGUUUUCUAGGAAUGGUCUUAGCAGUCUUGUAUUACUUAUUUAGGACAACUUAAUGCAAGCAGGGAAGAGCACCACCCCCAGGCCUCAUGGCCAGCCUGGACAGGUGGGGUUCUCUCUCUGGAAGGUGUUGACUAAGCCUUUCCUGUGCUCAGCCCCAUACUACCUUGAUUUUACAUUUUAGCUCCAUGUCUCUCCUGAGAUCUAAUUUUCUGCUGCAUCCAGAAGAUUGUCUGUGCACAUCAAUUUAUUUGCUGGUACAAUCUUCAUGACAUUACACUUGCAGUCUAUAAGGAUUUUAUUUCUAGAUCUGGCAUCUCUAAAACAGCUUCCAAUUGAGUUAUUCAAUAACGAAGGGAUGACUAUAAAGAUAACUUCAUUCUUAAUUACAUACUCUGGCAAUUUGAAUCAUCCAGUGAGCCACAGAUGGAGUUUCUAGGCUUUUUGCUAACACCAGGUUGUAUAGCUGUGGACCUGUUCACAGUGUCAUUAUGAACAGGCCUGUCUGUGAUGUUAGAGCUCCUUUACUGGCUCUCCUCUUGAAUCUGAAUUGGCAAUAGAAAACGCUGUCAUCCUUCAUCACUUAAAAAUAUGUGUAUUCAGGGCUAGGAAUAUGG